AAUACAUUUCAGGUGCUCUUCAGUCGGUUUUCAUAAGGAGAUCUCUGCUGGAUCUCCUCUCGGCGCUCGAGGACAGAAGAUGCCCAGGCAGUUUCUCUGCCUAGUGUUCGGCUCGUCCCUGUGGUUGGCACUGAUACUCCAGUCUCUCAUCUCCUCCUCCGCUGCCUACAAGAGACCCGUGUCCGGAGGGAAAAGACAGAGCUUUCUGGAGAGAACUUUAAUUUUACUGGACGUGAAUACGCGAAGCCCGGUGAAAGUUUUGAAUGACAAUUUCCUCUCGUUGCAGUUGGAUCCAUCUAUCAUAAAGGAUGGCUGGCUUGACUUUUUGAGCUCCAAGAGGUUGGUUACUCUAGCUCGGGGACUCUCUCCAGCUUAUCUGAGGUUUGGGGGCAAGCGGACCGAUUUUCUUCAGUUUCAUAACCUGAAGAAUCUUGCAAAGUUUCGAGGGCCUGGACCGGACUAUUACCUCAAAAACUAUGAAGAUGACAUUGUGCGCAGUGACUUCGCCCUGGACAAACAGAAGGGCUGCAGACUGGCCAGCCACCCGGACAUGAUGCUGGAGCUGCAGCGCGAGAAAGCGGCUCAGGUGCAGCAGGUCUUGUUGAAAGAACAGCUGUCUGACAUCUACAGCGAUGUUACGUUAACAGCCAGGUCUUUAGACAAACUGUACAACUUUGCCGACUGUGCCGGACUUCAUCUGAUCUUCGGCCUGAAUGCGCUGCACAGGAAUCCGGACAACUCGUGGAACUCCUCCAGUGCUCUGAACCUCCUCAAAUACAGCGCUGGCAAAAAGUUUAACAUUUCCUGGGAGCUCGGGAACGAGCCAAACAGUUACCGCACAUUGGCAGCUCGAUCGGUCAACAGCUCUCGACUAGCGCAGGAUUACACGCUUCUAAAAACGUUGCUCCAGUCUGUGCGCUACUACAGUCGAGCUAACCUCUACGGGCCCAACAUCGGCCGUCCGCGUAAAAACGCAAUCCUUUUGCUAGAUGGGUUUAUGAAACACGGUGGUUCUGUUGUUGAUGCAGUAACCUGGCAACAUUACUACAUUGACAGACGUGUAACCAAAGUGGAAGACUUCAUGAAGACAAGACUUCUGGACACUUUGUCUGAGCAGAUAACCAAAGUAAUGAAGAUUGUCCAAACUCAUGGUCCUGAGAAACGGGUUUGGUUAGGUGGAGUCGGCCCUGCUUGGGCAGGAGGCACCAAUAACUUGUCAGACACUUUUGCUGCAGGUUUUCUGUGGCUCAACACUCUUGGUAUCGCUGCGGCUCAUGGGAUUGAUGUUGUGCUUCGACAUUCCUUAUUCGAUUACGGAUACAAUCACCUCGUGGACCAGCAUUUCAACCCUUUACCUGAUUAUUGGUUAUCUUUUCUCUAUAAACGUCUGGUGGGUCCCAGGGUACUUGGAGUGCAUGUCGCAGGUCUCCAGAGGAAACCGCGCCCUGGCCGAGUGAUUCGAGACAAACUUCGCAUCUACGCACACUGUACCAGCUUUAACAACCACGAUUAUGUCAGAGGGUCCGUAACUAUUUACAUCAUCAACCUGCAUCGGUCGAGAAAGAAAAUCAAGCUUGCCGGGACAUUAAGAAAUAAAACUGUUCACCAAUACCUGUUACAGCCCUUUGGCACAGAGGGACUUCACUCCACGUCUGUGCAGCUGAACGGAGAGCAGUUGCUUAUGGUGGACAAUGAGACAUUUCCUGAGAUGAAACCACGGACGCUCAGGGCAGGACGAACUAUAGCUAUGCCGCCCGUAUCUAUCGGUUUCUUUGUCAUCAAAAAUAUAAAUGCUUACGCCUGCCGCAGAUAACACAUACACUGACAUCUGAUGAUCUGGCUCGUGGCAUUCUCCUCUCUUCACAAGCUCACAAAGACGUGGAAAAGAUCUGCCCUUUAUUUAAGAGAGGGCUGCACUGAACGCCUUUCAGCUACAUUUCUCCUAUUUGUUGUUUUUCUGCAAGAACAGCUAGACUUGUGGAAAGUGAAUGUAUUUUUGUGCUAGUUAUUUUUGCUUUCGAUUUUGAGGGAAUGUCUUUGAAGCCUCGUGGUUCACAGAAGUGUCACAUAGAGUACACACAGUGAAGUUUUGGAAAUGGCAACUGCAUUUAAAUGCGUAAGUCUAUUCAACUUUUACAGUCUGAAUAUGAAAAACAGGAGCCACUCCUGAAAUUUUGGCAAUUAGAAAUUAUGCAAAAUAUUAAAACAGUUUGCACGGAAAGAGAAAUCUGUAUAAUUUAGCAAACAACAUGCUUUCCAUUUCCAAGUACUGUGGGUGGAUUCUGUGUGGUCCUGUCUCUCAGAUUAACCUGAGUUUGCAGAAUAGGACAUUUUUGGAUCAACAUCCUUCCUUAACAUUCCAUCUGAUCUACCAAUCAGAUUUUAUGGUUAGGUUUGAAGCUGGGUUUAAGAGCUUGCACAACAUUCCUUUCAUCCAAUCAUUUCCUUAUGCUUUUAAGGCUUUGUCAUAGUUGGGUAUAAGGGUCGGACUAUGAUUGCUAUGAUUUGUGGACCAACAAAGGACAUCCAGCUAUAUCUGAUCUAAAAUGCUUUCUGGUAUAAAGAAAGUUACUUACAGAAGAAGUUACGGAGGCCUAAAGCGGGCCAAAUCUUGAUCCAUAAUCUUUUUUCUUCAUCGCUGCACAGUAAACCUAACCAUGCACUUUUAAUCAUACCAUGCAAGCCUAUAAACUUAAAACAUUGACCCACGCCCUGCAAAGAAGAUUGCCGUCUCGGGCUCUUUAUAAUAUUUGUUUAUUCUUCUACAGUUGCUGCUUGUUAAAAUAAAACUGUAUAAUCAUGAAGAGACUAUGGGAAGCUAUAAAUAUUUACUAAAACAUCCUGGUUUUUCUCUGCUAAAGUCACAGGAUACACACAAGUGCUACACAAAAGCAAUUCAAGGAAAAUCUGAAAUCAAUAUUUACUGAUGCUCUGAAAAAUGACGCUCUAUUUUUACAAUGUUUACACAUUUGACAUCCCAUUUUAAAUCUAUUGAAGACUAAAAAGAAGAGAGUAUUUUUUGAAGGUACCAUUUUUAUGAAGAACUGGGUCAUAUGCAGUUUAUCGAGGAGCUCAGGAAAUAAAUUCAUUUCGUCCAUUGUUGUGUUUUGUCAUGUCACAUGCUUGUAUCACGGCUUUUAUUAUGUGUCACGCAUAACAUCAUGAGUCUUUUUUAAAGCUAUACAUUACGCUACCUUAUUCAGUUCAGACACAAGGGCUCCACAAAUUAUUUGACACUUAUGAACAAUAUUCAAUUCGAUUUUUGAAUCUUUCAUAAGUUAACUAAUGCAACAAAAUUUAGGUGUCCGAGUACUUUUGUGGAUCCAUUGAUAAUACUAUGUACAGCUUUUUUUUUGUGCUGCUAGCUGACUAAUUAUUAUUAAGCAUGAGUGACAGAUAUUUUGUACAGGUCCAAACCUUUUUGAUAUUUGAUAUUAAUAAAUGUAAAUACAUUUCGUUUUUGAUAUUAUGAUUUAAGUGGGUGCGCUUCCUUGCGUUAUAAAUACUAUUUAUAUAAAUGUAUAUGUGUGGGUUUUGAGUGUGUAUAUAUACAUCUUGUGUUUAGAGAAAACAGUUGACUUUUAUUUAAGUCAGUCCACAUUUGGAGAUAAUUAUUUUGUACUUUGUGUAAAACAUAAAACAGAUUUUACUCGAGAUUAAAAAUAGCCAUGUUUAGCAAUGUUGUUUUAAUUGUAAUGAUUGCUUGCAGUGUGCAGACAUGCCACUUAUUCACAAUGCAAAAAAUAACAAUUGUGAUCUCCCUAUGUGUGAAUUUAUGGGCACCAUGUUCAACUGUCUAUGUUUAGAUGUUUGUUCCAGGGUCAAUAAUGUUAUUUGCAUCAUUACAUUUUGGGAGAUUCUGAUGUGAAUCUGUUCUAGAGAUAAGUAGGGUCCUUAUUUUGUUUAUUGCAUAUUCAGAGUUGUUUAUAUUUUUCUGUUACAGAGCAUUAUUUUAUUAUGGAAAUGUUUGCAUCUGAAUAUUUUUU